CAAUUUAGUGAUAAGUAGAUAAUUUGUCAUUGUCAAACAAAAAUUAAAAACAAAAGUGCUACGAAAAAAAUCUAAUUUACAAUGUUAAAAUGGAGAUUAUCUUAAGACUUGUACCUACAAAUCCUUUAAGAUUAACAGCGUCACGGAUAAUAUUAACUCAUGUAGCCCAUUAUACACGACUGGCUGAAGUUGGUAAAUUAGAAGCACCUAAAGCAACAGGCAAGUAUGAAACCGGACAGCUCAUUUUGCAUAAGGUAUUCGGUUAUAGAGGUGUUAUAUUAUUCCCAUGGCUAGCAAGAGUCUACGACAGAGAUGCCACCAAUAAAAAGGAGACCAUGGAGUCUGCGGAUACCACUGAUACAAGUAGAGAUUCUCUCUCAAAUGUGGGCAAAGAAGUCAAGGGAAGAACCCAUACUUUUUACCAAGUACUGAUUGAUACAAGAGAUGCACCUUAUAUAACUGUUCAAACACACAUCGAUAUGAGACCCGAAUGGAAGAAAAAGCGCGCGCAGACCGAGGCUGUAACGUUUCUCGGCAACCAGGAAUCCAGCCGCAGUCUGUACGCUAUACCCGGCUUGGACUAUGUGGCGCACGACGACAUUAUCCCGUACACUUCUGUAGAGCGUGUUCCACUACAGCACGAGCUAUUUGAUAAAUUUCUUAUGCACAACCCUGAUAAAGAUCCACCAUUUAUAGCGCAAGAAACUCUACGAGCAUGGCAAAAGAAGAAUCACCCAUGGCUAGAACUAAGCGAUGUUCAUCGCGAGACCACAGAGGGAGUCCGGGUCACCGUCAUACCGUUCUACAUGGGCAGUCGAGAGUCGCAGAACUCUGCUGUUUACUGGUGGCGAUAUUGCAUCCGCUUAGAAAACUUGGGCUCGCAAGCCGUGCAGUUGCGCGAGCGGCACUGGCGGAUCUUCUCGCUGAGCGGCACGCUGGAGACGGUGCGCGGGCGGGGCGUGGUGGGGCAGGAGCCGCUGCUGGCGCGCCACGCGCCCGCCUUCCAGUACAGCAGCCACGUGAGCCUGCAGGCGCCCAGCGGACACAUGUGGGGAACGUUCAGAAUGGAGCGCGAAGAUGGCUAUACCUUCGACUGUCGCAUCCCGCCGUUCUCCCUUGAGAGCAAACCCGACGAGGGCACCCCUGUUGCACCCACCACCGCCGCGUAGCCCACCGGAUCAUCGUACAUCGCUAUAAUCUAUUACCCUGUUCAAAUGCUAUAAGACGCGGUUUUGCUCCUCUUAUAAGUGUCUUGACAUACCUGCAUUUUCGUCGCUGAAAGUUCGAUUUCUAAAUUGUUGGCCGUAGUACUCUGGUAUUGGCAUCGAUGUUGGCCCGAACAUUACGUA